AUUAGACCAGGAAUUUUGGGAUGACAUGGUCAACUGGGUCCUCUGUAGCAUAUGUACUCUCGAGACUGCUUUGCUGUCGGCUGAAGCUGUGUGGGUGGGUGGAACUCGAUUCCGGGGUGUUGCAGAAGACGGCGAAGAAGUGACAGAAGAUGCACGACUAACGAACGGUUGCACUGCUUAGUGUCGUUGCAAUGCAAAGCCCAUAGUUAGGCGUUGUACUCUGCCUUCGCAUCCUCUAGCCUUACCGUCACCGUUCUUUUCCAAAACACUUGCACUGCAGCGUGCUCACCGUCCUCCAUAACCGCAUCUUACUUCAUGUCGUCCGUUUCAAACACCCUCGUAACACUCCAGAAAGUAUUGUCAUCUACAGCUAUUUCAUGUCGGGUUCCCCCGAGGCGUAAGUGGCCCGACAACGCCGCGUUACUUCGAAGAGCUUAUUUUGCAAUUCCACCGCCGCUGCCAUUGUCAUACAUCAUCAUUGCAGCUUCGCCGUUCUCACUCACUGUAAGAUUGCUGCGUUGUCCUUCCACUAUAAUCAUACUUGUUCAUGUUUUAGGCCCCUCAUUGCCAUUUCUUUCGCUAUUUCUUUCACCAUCCCACACUGCCCAUCUUGGACCGUUGGUCUCCUUUCCGCCCUGUGCAUUGUUUUAUGUCCUUUUCUAUAAUUACUACUUUGCAGGUCUCUUCGCCCAGUCGUUCCCGAUUAGUAAUCAUUAGGUACAGGGCAAGAUGAAUUCAACAAUAGACUGCACAAACAAACUUUGUGAGGAACUGCAGUUCGGGAAGCUUCCAGGAGAGCCCU